AAAUAUAUAAAAGUUGUAGAUAAAAAAGGGAAAUAUCUUUCCAUCUGUUUUCAUAAAAUCAAGUUAUUGAAGUCAAAAUUUUUGACAAAUUCAAAAUGUUGGGUCAAUCAGCAAAUGAAGCUGAUUUUAAGGAGAGAUUAAUAGCAAAUGUCAAAAAAGAAGUGAAACAAAUAAUGGAAGAAAGUGUCACUCGAAAGUUUGUACAUGAAGACAGCUCUACAGUUGUUUCACUUUGUGGAGCAGUUGAAGCUUGCUUAAGUCAAGGUCUUCGUAGAAGAGCUUUAGGGCUUUUUAAAACAAGCUCGACUACAGCUUUACUUCAUAAAAUCAGUAGUCAAUGUGAAGAGGCUGCUCAUGUAAGUAAGAAGAUACAUGAUAUUGAAGCUGCAGAUCCAAGCAAAAGGUCAUCGUCUUCAAGUGACAGUAUCAUUAAACCACCCAUCCUUACUAAAAAGGGCUCAAGUAAUUCUGUAGGUGGAGGUACACCGACAGCAGUGUCAAACAAUUCUCAGCCUUCAAUGAAAUAUUUGUGGAUUAGAAUUGCACUUUAUGAAAAAAAAUUGACAAGAAUCAUUGAUCAUCUUGUUGCAAAUGCAAACAGAUACUAUGACAAAGAUGCUCUUGUUGCAGAUUCUGACUACGGAUCAAUUUUAAGCUCAUUGCUCGUUGGCCCUUGUGCUUUAGAGUAUUCAAAAGCAAAAACUUUAGAUCAUUUUUGGACUGAUCCAACAGCCAAUGAUUUAGUACAACGACACAUCAUUCCAUCACAAACUACUCCACAAUCCUCACGAAGGCCAAUGUUAAAUAUAAAACGCAUUCAUACAAGUUCAGAUGACUCUGGUAUUAAUUCCUACAAAAGUAAUUCACCGGCAUCGACAGCAAAAGAUUAUGUUGAGUCUUUACAUCAGAAUUCACGAGCAACACUUUUAUAUGGAAAGAAUAACGUUUUAGUUCAUCCAAAAGAUGUCGCUGAGCCUAUGUUGGGCUAUUUAUCACUACAUCAAUCCAUAAAUUUUCUUACAAUUAAAUGGACACCAAAUCAACUAAUGAAUGGUUAUAAUGAACAAUCAUUGCCAUCUUCUGCUGGAUCUAUAACGUCAGCUUCCGAAGUUGACAAAAGCUUUUUCUGGGCAUAUGUUAUGAAUAUCAAUAUUGAUGAUAUUGUUUAUGUCCAUUGUCAUCAGAAUCGAAGUAGUGAAGAGACUAGUGGAACAAUAAUUCUUGUAGGCCAUGACGGAGUUCAGAGACCUCCAAUUCACUUUCCGGAAGGUGGACAUAUGGCUCAAUUUCUAGGCUGCUUGGAAACUGGAUUAUUGCCACAUGGUCAGUUAGAUCCACCUUUAUGGUCUCAGAAAGGAAUAGGCCGUAUAUUUCCGUGGCCGGUAAAAUCAAGAAGACGAUUUGGAGGACUUCCAUCAGUUUUAGAAAACAAUGAUGAGCUACCAAUUGAUUACGUGUUUCGUGUGGUAAACAAAAGCAAUCCUGAAGAAUUUUUGGCAACACAUCCUAUUAUGGAAGUUGGCAGAACAAGUCCAUAUCGACGACAUUUAAGUAGCUGCUCAACAAACGAGAGUAGUGAUGGUUCUAGCAAAAGUAUUUCGUUAGAUCUUGUUGAAAGUACAACAAUUCAACAACCAACAAAUAACCAAGCUACAAGUAUUGCUUUAGUUUGUACAACGAUGAAACGCCAAAUAAUUUCUCGGGCUUUUUAUGGAUGGUUAGCUUAUUGUCGUCAUUUAUCUACUGUAAGAACUCAUCUUAGUGGGUUAGUGCAUGGAAGAAUAACUCCUGAUAUUGGUGCAGACAAUGGAUUGACAGAAGAACGUUGGAGAGAAAUGCAUGAUGAUGAAGGAGUUAUUUCACAAGAUUGCGAAGUAUAUCGUCUAGUUUAUUACGGAAGUGUUGCACACGAAAUAAGAAAGGAAGUAUGGCCAUACUUGCUAGGCCAUUAUACGUUUGGGAUGACGUCAAACGAACGUAAAGAAUUAGAUGAAAAUACUAGACAUUAUUAUGAAACAACAAUGAGUGAAUGGCUAGCAUUAGAAGCAAUUGUUAGACAAUUGGAUAAAGAAAAAACAGCACAUGCAGUUGCUAAAUUAAGUUCGGGUGGAAGUGCAAGUGAUAGUAAAGUGAAAUGUGGAGUUGAUGUUGAUGUUGAAAUGGAAAAUGAAGUUUUUGAAGAGAACGGAUUUUCAGAUGGAUCAGACGUUGAAUUUUCCGAAGAGAAAUCACCUGUUAAAAAACAAUCGAGAGAACACAUUCAAAAUAAUAAUAGCAAAUCUUUAGAUACAGAAAAAGGUCAAAAAGAAACUGAACUGAUGGAAGUAGACAUAAAAAGUUCUCCUUCAACAUCUUCCUACGAGACUGUUGGAACUGAUUUUAUUGAUUAUGUGGACAAAGAAGGAUUCCCAUUAUCACCAAAACUAAAUCCAACAGCCGUAAUUGUGACUGAUGCUUCUAUUGAUAUGACAAAUAUACCACAAUCAGCUAUCGAUGGAAAUAAAGAGACUAAAGAAAUUUUAGAAACAGUUAAUGAAGAACUUUCACCAAAUUCUUUAGAUGCAUUACAAGAACCAAAAUCAGCCUGUGUUUCACCAGCAAGUUCUAAUGGCGGCAUCUAUACUAAUGAGCAGCUUGAACUUUUUGGUUUAAACUUACAUCGAAUCGAAAAAGAUGUUCAACGAUGUGAUCGCAACUAUUGGUAUUUUGCUAACGAAAAUUUAGACAAACUUAGGAACGUGAUUACAACAUAUGUGUAUGAGCACCUGGAGACUGGUUAUAUGCAAGGAAUGUGUGAUUUGUUGGCUCCCUUGCUUGUUAUUUUUGAUGACGAAUCCUUAAGCUAUGGAUGUUUUUGCCGAUUGAUGGAACGAAUGAUUGAAAACUUUCCAAAUGGUGGUGCUAUGGAUAUGCACUUUGCUAAUAUGCGAUCACUAAUACAAAUAUUAGAUUCAGAAAUGUAUGAUUUGAUGCAUGCUCAUGGUGACUAUACACAUUUCUAUUUUUGCUAUCGAUGGUUUUUAUUGGAUUUUAAACGAGAACUUCUUUACGCUGAUGUGUUUUCGGUUUGGGAAGUUAUUUGGAGCGCGAAGCAUGUUUCAUCUAGUCAUUUUGUGCUAUUUCUAGCACUAUCACUUUUAGAAAAUUAUCGUGAUAUAAUUUUAUCAAACAGCAUGGAUUUUACAGACAUUAUUAAAUUUUUCAAUGAAAUGGCAGAGAGACAUAAUGUUUCUUCAAUAUUAAAGACAGCUCGAAACUUGGUGUUGCAGUUGCAAGUACUAAUUGAAAAUAAAUAAUUGGGUCAUUUUUUUACUCAUUUUUUCAAGUUUCAAAAUAAACAAAAGACUUGUGAAUUUUUCGUCACUUUAGUCAUCUUAAAUUUUAUUUAUAUAUAUAAGC